AGCCAAUGAGCGGCCGCCGGUGCCCGCUCCCGGCUCGGUCCGCCGCCGAGUGAGGCCGCGGGCGCGGGGGGUGGGGGGUGGGAGGCCGGGCGGGGGCCGGGACGCCGGGCUCCGGGGCGGGGGCGGGGGGCGCGGGCGCCGGGGUCGACCCCGGAGGCGGCGGCCGGGGGAAGCCGCGGGGCCGGUCAUGCGGCUGCGGGGCCCGCGGCCCGGAGCGUCCGCCCAGCCCUGAGCGAGGCCCCGCAGGGCGUCCCCCGCCGCCCAGGAUGAGCCACUGCAGCAGCCGCGCCCUGACCCUGCUCAGCAGUGUGUUUGGAGCCUGCGGCCUGCUGCUGGUGGGCAUCGCGGUCAGCACGGACUACUGGCUGUACAUGGAGGAGGGCACAGUGCUGCCACAGAACCAGACCACCGAGGUCAAGAUGGCACUGCACGCCGGUCUCUGGCGCGUCUGCUUCUUUGCGGGGCGAGAGAAGGGUCGCUGCGUGGCGUCGGAAUAUUUCCUUGAGCCAGAGAUCAACCUGGUGACGGAGAACACGGAGAAUAUUCUGAAGACGGUGCGCACGGCCACCCCCUUCCCCAUGGUCAGCCUCUUCCUGGUGUUCACCGCCUUCGUCAUCAGCAACAUCGGCCACAUCCGCCCUCAGAGAACCAUCCUGGCCUUCGUGUCCGGCAUCUUCUUCAUCCUCUCGGGCCUCUCCUUGGUGGUGGGCUUGGUUCUCUACAUCUCCAGCAUCAAUGAUGAAGUCAUGAACAGGCCCAGCAGCUCCGAGCAGUACUUUCACUAUCGCUAUGGCUGGUCCUUCGCCUUCGCCGCCUCCUCCUUCCUGCUCAAAGAGGGGGCCGGCGUGAUGUCCGUGUACCUGUUCACCAAGCGUUACGCGGAGGAGGAGAUGUACCGCCCGCAUCCGGCCUUCUACCGGCCGCGCCUCAGCGACUGCUCCGACUACUCCGGCCAGUUCCUGCAGCCCGAGGCGUGGCGCCGCGGCCGCAGCCCCUCGGACAUCUCCAGCGACGUGUCCAUCCAGAUGACGCAGAACUACCCUCCGGCCAUCAAGUACCCGGACCACCUGCACAUCUCCACCUCGCCCUGCUGAAGCCGCCCUGGGUGCCGCCCCCGGGGGUCUUUCUCCCUCUGCGCCCCUCUCCCACGGGAAGGAGGCUGCGCCAGCGGUAGGCUCCGCCCUG